AUGAUGUUACAACAACAAGAACCAUUAAACCUUUUAACAUUACCUAAUGAGAUUUUCCAGCUAAUUUUAUAUCAAUUAGAAUCAAGUGAAAUUGUGGAGUUUCUACGCUCUUCCAGAAAGGUUCAAAACAUGUUGAAAGAUUCAUAUCACAUUGUUACUGAUGAGGUCAAGUAUCUAGAAGGAAAUAUUUCAAAAGAAUUAUAUUCUGAUGUUGUUGAUAUAUGUCCAAUCUUCCACGAAGGAAAGAAUACCAGUUUCAAUUAUAACCGAACUUUCUUAUUGCAAAUUCAUGACCCAAAGACAUCAAGUGAAACUUUCGAAAAAUUGAUUCAUUCAUUACCAAUCAAUUGUCGUUGUAAAAUCUCAAAAUACGUUAAUACUCAAUCAUUAGGAGAUUCUUCAUUUACUGAACCAAUUGAAAUUCGUGCUUAUGAGUUCAGAAUUAUUAAAUCCGUGGAAAUUGUGGAUUCAACAACUCUUAGAUUACAAAAUUCAACUUGGGAUCUUUCAUUAUUCAAAUUACCAAAAGUUUCAAAAUUGUUACUAAAUAAUUGUUUUAUUGAACCUCAACACUCAUACAAAGUUAAAUUCCCCAACCUUUCAGAUUUAUAUAUUGAUGGUGCAAAUCAUCAGGUUUUUGAAUCUAUUGAAUUACCAGAAAAUGUAGCAUUGUUUGGUAUUGAUGCAGUUGUUGAGAAUUUGAAAUCAACUAAUUUACAAGAUUUGAGAAUAAUCAAUAGUGAAUUAUCAUUGAUUGGAAAUUGUGAUUUCCCAAAGUUGGAUCAAUUUGUCAUUUUUGAUUCAAAUAUUGGUCAAUUGAAUAAAUUUAGAGCUUGUUCAUUGAAAACCAUUUCAAUAAAUUCAAGACAUUCCACGAUUUUAUGGAAUGAUCUUCAUUUGCCAAAUUUGGAAACAUUAAAAAUCAUUGCUUCUGAAAUUUCUUUUGAGUUUAGUAAUGUUUAUUGUCCUAACCUAAUUGAAGCCUCAAUUUAUGCAUAUAAUCAACCAAAUCCAGAAGAAUCACUUUCAACACCUUUUAGAUUUUUGGAAAAAUUGAAAAGCCUUACAAUUUGGGGUGGAUGUGUUCAGAUAUUGGAAGGUUUGAAACUUGAAAAUUUAGAAUCAUUUCUCAUUGAUGGAAGAGUCCAGUAUGAACUUUCUCAAGAUGUUUAUUUCCCCAAACUGUCAUCAUUAGUACUUUGGGGAACAUCAAAGACUUUAUUAAAGAUUCCAAAAUUAAAUGCACCAAAUAUAUUCAAAAUCGAACUAAGAGGAGAUAUUAUUAAUCUAGAACGUUCAGAUUUGCAUUGUUAUCCGAUGGGUAUAUCUUUAGAAGUUAGAAUUCAACAUGGUGUUGAGAUUGAUGCUAUUGAUGUUUCUUGUUUGAAGAGAUUGUCAAUUAGUUAUGAUGAGUCAAGGGAAUUAUUACAACCUACACUAAAUUUCAAAGAAUCUCUAAAUUCAUUAGAACUUUUCAGAUUUUCUCCCAUACUUGAAACUAAUCCAAAGUGCGCUAAAAGUGAAUACUCAAGCGCUUUUUGUAAUAUUCAAUUACUUCUUGGAGAUGAUUUAGAGUCAUUACAGGCUUGGGCUUAUGGGAAACCGGUAUGUACAAGGGUAUUGUCAAUAUCAAAACUUCUCAAAAUGUCCACUGCAAGAAAUGGACUUCAUUCAAGAACUAGUGAUAUGUUAAUGCCCCUUGAUAUGGGAAAUGAAAAUUCAGGGGACUUGUUUUGCUUGAGAGGUGUUUCUGCUUUGUAUUUCGGUACAACGUUUAAUCCUGGUCAUUACAUGUAUGAAGACGCUGAUGCAUUAUUUGCUAAAGAUCCCGAUCUUGUCAAGAUCUUGUCUGAUCAUGAUGCUGAAAUGUUUAGAGAUUUUACCUCUGAUCAACAAGGUUCCAUGGGUUUUUUUGGUACAGCUUCGUUGUCAAAUUAA